AUGGCUGAUCUAUUUAAUCUCAACUUACUCCAAGAGCCAUUAAACCUUCCAUUCCCCGCUGCCACAAAGAAGGCUUCUGGAGUUGUUAAUAUGAUACAAACAGAUGUCAUGUGCGUGAACUUCAGUGAUAGGAUCUUGGUAACUGUCUCACAAAAGGGACGUCUUGGUCAUUGGCUACAUGUACCGUUGGAGAAUAGAAAUCCUGGAACGGAGGGAUCUCAUACUAUCUCGGAAUCUGCAGAUGACGGUCUUCUUCCACUGAGCAGCCUCACUGCCACCUCACUGCUCGGGGGUCGAAUUCCUGAACAUGAAACAGUUGGUCAACUGUAUGCUCGUCAAAUUGCAAGUGCUAUUGUGACGAAAACACCAAACGAAAAACGACUCCUUGUUGUAGGACUCGGACUUGAAACCACCAAUGCUGACCGGGAUAUUUUCUUUUCAAUAAUUGAUCUCGUGCUCCAGUGUCUUUAG